AUGACAGAUACCUCCUCGACUGCUCACGCACAUUCAACGGCGAAUCCGUUUCCGUUUCCGGCCACCACCUCCCCCUUGCCCUCCCCGGUCGUCAACGGAACUGGUUCGACCCACGAAGCCGAAGAAGAUGAGCCCUACACCAUCAAGUGCAUCUGCUCCUUCGAGGACGACGACGGUAGCACCGUCCUGUGCGAACGCUGCGAUACCUGGCAACACAUCGCCUGCUACUAUAUCGACAAGAAGAACGUGCCAGAGAUCCAUAACUGCGUCGACUGCGAGCCCAGGCAUCUCGACGGCAAGCGGGCAACAGAACGCCAGCGCAAGCUUCGGGAGCAGAACGACUCCAACAGCAAUGCCACCGACGAACAGAGGAAAAGUCGUCGUUCCGGCUCCAAGAGCCAGAAGAAGAAGCCAAAGGAUAUCGGCUCACCCGGUGCCGGUGGCGACCAGCGUAACGGAUGGUCUUCGCAUGAACGAACCGGCUCCAUGGCUUCGAAAGAGAACGGCCACCAUCACCACCACCACCAACAAAGCCAACAGCAACAACAACAUCAACCACAACAGACAAAGAAGCAACGGGGUACCCACCGCUCUUCUAACUCUAUAAGCUCUGUUGGCGGCGGUGACUCUCGUAAGCGUGGAAACAAUGCCAUCACCAAGUCUCCAGGCUCUUCUUUUCCCCAGAUCCCCCUUUACUCCCCCGAGUUUCUUCACCUUUACGACAACGACAAUGCCAGCCUCGACAUGCAAGGGAACCUUUUCCGUACCAUCGGUCUCACCAACGACCUGGCUUCGUGGGUAAAGGAUCCUGUCGCGCUUGCUCAGGUUGCAAACGGUCGUACUGCCAAAGAAGUCUUCAACCACACCGAUCAGCCGCUCGAUCCUUCGACCUGGCCACCUCUCACAAAACAGACCAUUGUCGACAACAAUGUUGAAAUUGAUGGCAGGCACCCAACCUGGCAAUGUCUCAAGGUACAAGGCAACGUGCGAAAGGAUGAGAUCGUAGGCGAGGUCAGAGGUAAAGUCGGCCACUUCAGAGACUACUGUCAUGACCCAGACAGUAGGUGGCAGGAACUUCGCCACCCGGAACCGUUCGUCUUUUUCCACCCCCAGCUACCCAUCUACAUCGACAGUAGAGAAGAAGGCACUGUACUCCGGUAUAUCCGCCGUUCUUGUCGUCCCAACGUCACGAUGCGAACCUACAUCACAAACCAGGUGGAAUACCACUUCUGCUUCGUCGCAAACCAGGAUAUUCCCAUGGACACUGAGAUAUCGACCACCUGGUACCUCGAUCCAAAGAUGUUCCCAUCCAACGGCCUGGUCAAGGAGGAAGGCUUACCUGACGGGUCACCAGACGCUGCUGCCAUCUCGAUAAGUAACGUUCUUGCCCAUUUUGGUGGCUGCGCCUGCGAUGACUCGGUAAAACCAUGUCUGCUAGCAAAUAUCGACUGCCGCAUGAAACCAAAGUCACUGCUGGAGUCCAGCACAAAACAGGCCAACGGACGGAGGAAGAAGGCCAAGACAAAAACCGCUGCUUCACCUGACAGUUCGGGAUACGUUGCCGCCCACAGUCGAUCAGGCAGCGAGAUUGUUCGCAAAGAGGAGGACGACGACCAUGCCGAUGCACGAUCUACGUCUGGCUCGCUCAAGGAUCACCAUUCCAACAGAGAUCUAACCCCUGGUGCCCUUGGACGUGAUAAUGGAGAGCUGUCGGCUCGUGAGAAACGAAAAAUAGCUGCUGCAGAAAAGAAGUUUGAACAACUCGAGCAUGAUCAGCAACAUCCCAAGAAGAAGAAACGGGUUCAUCCACCGCGUGGCCAGAGCCCCAGUCUAUCGAAGUCAGCAAAGCCGCCGCACCUUGACAUACCCAACUCGCGCAGAUCUUCUCACUCGCCAGCCAAGAUGUCUCCUGAAUCUGCAUCUCAACGUCGGGAUGGCCAUUUCACUCCCCCAAAGACCUCUGCUGCCAGCACGCCUCGUGUAGUGUCCCCACUGAGCCGGCCAGUCUACAUUGACCGUUCUGUCCAGACUGAUCCUGAUGAGAAUGACCCUCAAUAUGUUCCACCAAAAACGUUUAAUGCUCCACGUUUCAUGACUCUUUCGCAACGACUGCUGAGACGAUGCCACGAAGAUCGGAUCAAAAUGGAGGAAGAUGGUCGGUUAGAUAGCAUACCGAGUCUAAGCUCGCCAGAGCCCGCUAGUGCAGGCUCCAUGCUCCCUCCCUCAACGCCGGUGAAUUCAAGGCCAGCUCCCUCACCAAAGCAGGCGCCAGACAUUGAGAUGAAAGAUGCGGACUCGUCAAUGACACCUCCCAAUGCUGCGGUCAGCACGGGUAGCCCUACAACCACCUCCUCUAUUUCGCUGUCUUCGCCUCCUCCUUGCCCUCUCUUUCACCUCCCUUCGACAGUUGCGCACAACCUGCCAACUCCUUGUAAGGUUCCACAAAAGCUCGACAUGCAAAUACCCCUUCCUCCACAAUUCCCUCCUCCGACGGGCGAUCUAGGCUCGCCAGACUCUGCCUCAAAACUUGUUCCUCCCAUCGCAAUCACAAAACCUCCUCCACCAUCCAAGUUGCAGACCACCUCAGGCUCUGGCCAACCUGCGGCUACUACGACUACCACCUCAACGUCCACAUCGAGUCUCACAGCUCCAAGCCCUGUGAAGAAGAAACUGAGUUUGAACGACUACAUGAGUCGUCGCGGGACCCUGACAACUCCAACAACAGAAAAGGCUCCCAACCCAUUUCUGCCCAACAGUACAAGUCCCGCACCUUCAACUGGUAGUGCGGAUCCCAGCCCCACGACACAGCUUCCCUUCACCAAGUUUGCUGAGACUCAGAGCCAGACAAACGGUCUUGGUCAGAAUCAAUCUGCUUCAACGGACAUUGUGAUGAAAGACUCUCCACACUCCCCCUCAACUCUGUUUCUCCCACCUCAUAUUGACUCUCCGUCCGCAAGCAACGGCAAUACAAGCAACGGCACAAAACCAAAUGCAAUCCACGGUCUAAGUUCCCGAGAUCCACGACUGCUUGAUCGUGGUUAG